CAGAAGGGUCAUUAGCAACAGUGUUGGUCUUGCGACAUCACAUGCGAUUAACUAGCUCUUCAAAAUGAAAGCUUUUCAAGUGGAAGGUUUGGGAGGAAGAGAUCCCCCGCAUAUAAAGACGGGAGGAGACGCCCCUUGGAGACAGUCGGGGGUACUGAAGACUAUCAACGCCAUCUACAAGGUGACGCAAAGAGAAAUUCAGAUGUGUUCAGAAAUGGCAAGAAAUAACAAGAAACUUUGGACGAGAAAGGACACCCGCUCAUUGAGUGAAAGGAUGCAGGUCAAGCUUGGGGCCACUAACAUGACCGUCACGUGUCGAUCCUGGGACGCCAUUCCCCCCUCAUACAUCUAUCAAAUGGAUACCAGCCUCGUUCUGACCAAAGUGGUUGUGGCGAUGAAGCCUGGCUGA